AUGAAUGUUGCAGUGACAUCUAAAAUCCAGGGACUAGGAGCCAGGGUUCGAUGGGAAAUCGUGCCCGGGAAUUCCAACUACGAGGACAUGCAUGGACGAGACGACGGUGCACGACACCCCCCACAUGCGUGGAAAAUGAUGCUUUUGACCCAAGUGGGUGCUUUAAUCGUCGACCAUGGCUCCUUUAUGCAUGUAUCUGGGCGUUCGUCCCAGUCGGGGCCCAGGGAGGAUGGCUCGACAGCGUCCAGGGGCUCGGGCGAGACAGAACGACAAGAGGAGCCCAAAACGGAGACACAAGACACAGACGAGCGGAUGACGAACCAGCAGGUUACCCAACUCGCUCGCACGUUCUCCGUCCAGUCGGGACAGCAUACCGUUGGGGGUCUGAACAGCGACGACUCUGGACUAGACCCCUUCAGCCCGGACUUUGACGCAAAGCGUUGGGCACGAGUGUUCUAUAAGACACGGCACAAUGGGGAGGAUGGAACCUUGCGACGUGUUGCUGGAUUCGCCGCCAGACACCUGGAUGUGGGCGGCUACGGAGUCGGAGUCGACUACCAGAUGAGCGUGGGAAACGCACCUUUGAAGCUAUUGUCGACGCUCGCGAACUCCAUCCGGAAGCACACAACCUCGGCGCAGCGAGUGAGUAUCCUGCGUGAUGUUGAUGCCCUCGUUCUCCCGGGUGAACAGCUCUGUGUCCUGGGUCCCCCGGGAUCUGGGUGUUCGACCUUCUUGAAAUCCAUUGCCGGCGAUACGUAUGGCCUCGAGGUGGCCCCGACGUCCUACAUCAACUACCACGGCAUCACAGCGCGACAAAUGUCUCAUGAGUUCCGUGGAGAAGCAACAUACACUGCGGAAGUCGACCAUCACUUGCCCGAGCUCACCGUUGGUGAUACCUUGUAUUUCGCGGCCCUCGCCCGUGCGCCUCGCAUCAUCCCUGGAGGCGUGAGUCGGGUGGACUACGCCCGCCACCAGCGCGACGUUAUCAUGGCGAUGUUCGGUAUUAGCCAUACAAUGAAUACCAAAGUGGGCAACGACUUCAUCCGUGGCGUCAGUGGAGGUGAAAGGAAACGAGUCACGAUCGCGGAAGCAGCAUUAAGUUACGCGCCGCUGCAGUGCUGGGAUAACAGUACCCGUGGCUUGGAUAGCGCCAACGCCGUGGAGUUUUGCAGAACUCUCCGGAUUCAAAGCGAUGUCUUUGGCAUCACCUCAUGCGUAGCUAUCUACCAGGCGCCACAAGCGGCUUAUGAUUUGUUCGACAAGGUCACUGUUUUCUAUGAAGGCAGGCAGAUUUACUUCGGCAGAGCUUCCAAUGCCAAAGCCUACUUCGAGGGUCUUGGAUUCCAGUGCCCUGAAUCGCAAACCACUCCAGACUUCCUGACCUCGAUGACUAGCUCGUCAGAGCGCAUCGCUCGACCUGGAAUGGAGGAGACCGUGCCCCGUUCUCCUGACGAAUUCGCCCACUGCUGGAAGAAUAGCAAGCAGUAUGAAAACCUGCUGGGCGAAAUCGAGCAAUUCGCUACUGAGCAUCCGUACAACAGCAAUGAUCUCCAGGACUUCACUCGAUCCAUGAAAGACGACAAAUCAAGAUUGCAGCGCAAGAAGUCGCCCUAUACCAUGUCAUACUGGGAGCAGGUUCGCCUGUGCAUGUGGCGCGGCAUGGUCUUGACCAAGUCCGCGAUCUCGGUUCCUAUCAGCAUGCUGAUUAUCAAUUCGAUUCAGAUUUUACUUGUUUCCAGCCUCUAUUACAACUUACGACCUGAUACUUCGUCUUUCUUCCUGCGUGGCUCAUUCAUCUUUAUUAUGGUUCUGCUGAACACAUUCACCUGUAUGCUCGAGAUCAUGACCCUGUACGCCAAGCGAGAUACCGUCGAGAAACACAAUCGAUACGCGUUCUACCAUCCCAGCGCUGAGGCCUUCGCGGCCAUGGUGAUCGACCUACCUUACAAGAUCUCUCUGUCGAUUUGUAUGAACAUUGUCGGUUACUUCAUGGCAAAUCUCCGACGGGAGCCGGGGGCGUUCUUUUUCUAUCUCUUGAUCUCGUUCUCGUGCAUGAUGUGUCUCUCUAUGGUCUUCCGUCUGCUUGGCUCGAUGACCAAAACAGUCGCUCAGGCCAUGGUUCCUGCGUCGCUCGUGAUUCUCGCCAUUACCCUCUACACUGGAUUCGCGAUCCCAGUGUCCCAUAUGCACGGGUGGGCUUCCUGGAUCCGAUGGAUCAAUCCAGUCGCCUACGCAUUCGAAGCUCUGAUCACGAAUGAAUUCCACGAUCGCCAGUUCGCCUGUGCUCUAUCGGGAUUUGUUCCCGCAGGCCCCGGGUAUGAGAACACGCCUGUGUCGCUCCAGACCUGCAAUGCAAAGGGCUCUGUGCCAGGCAGUCCAACGGUGAGCGGCACUGCAUUUUACGAGACUUCCUACUCGUACAAUUAUGGGAACCGCUGGCGCAACUGGGGUGUGAUUAUCGCAUUCACGGUGCUUUUUGCCGCAGUUCACCUGAUCUUGUCGGAUUUGAUUGCGGCACAACGCUCCAAAGGCGAGGUGCUGGUUCUGCCACGCGAUAAGGCGAAGAAGAAGGGUCGCAGUCGCAAGGGUGAUUUGGAAAACAUGGCCGCCGGUGAUGAGCGCUUCCGCCACUCUGAGGAAACCGGGCAGGCGGCCAAUGUUCAACGGCAAACUUCUGUGUUCCACUGGGAGAACGUGUGCUACGAUAUUACGAUCAAAGGCGAGCCUAGACGGAUUCUUGACCACGUUGACGGAUGGAUUAAACCUGGGACCUUGACUGCGCUAAUGGGAGUGUCUGGAGCCGGCAAAACGACCCUGCUGGAUGUGCUCGCUGACCGCGUGUCUACCGGAGUCAUCACCGGUGAUAUGCUUGUCGACGGCCGCCAGCGUGAUGAAUCGUUCCAAAGAAAAACUGGCUAUGUUCAACAGCAGGACCUUCACUUGCAUACUUCGACUGUCCGUGAAGCUCUGCAAUUUAGCGCAUUACUGCGACAGCCCCGGCAGCACACUCGUCAGGAAAAACUCGACUACGUUGAACAGGUCCUCUCUCUAUUGGAGAUGCACGACUAUGCGGAUGCUGUCGUUGGAGUUCCUGGCGAGGGACUAAAUGUCGAGCAGCGCAAGCGCCUGACCAUUGGUGUAGAACUGGUUGCUCGACCCAAGUUGUUGAUCUUCCUCGACGAACCCACUUCCGGUCUAGACAGUCAAACGUCGUGGUCGAUUUGUAACCUCAUGGAAAAAUUGACCAACAGCGGCCAGGCAAUUCUCUGUACCAUUCACCAGCCCUCUGCCAUGCUCUUCCAACGGUUUGAUCGGUUACUGCUUCUCGGAAAGGGCGGGAAAACGAUGUAUUUCGGAGAUAUCGGCAAGAAUUCAGCCAUUCUUCUGGACUAUUUCUCUCGCAACGGGGGCCACCCGUGCCCGCCAGAGGCGAACCCUGCCGAAUAUAUGCUGGAGGUAAUUGGUGCUGCUCCGGGAACGCACAGUAAGAUCGAUUGGCACUCGGCGUGGCGCAACAGCCCCGAAUAUGAGGAGGUCCAGCGUGAGCUGGGCCGUUUGCGACACUCGCCAAACCGAGAGUCCGCGAUGUUGGAUUCGCAAGAUAAGUCCAAUUAUCAAGAGUUUGCUGCCACGAUGUCGACACAAUUCCUGGUGGUCGGCCGUCGUGUUUUCCAACAGUACUGGCGAUCGCCGGGUUAUAUCUACGCCAAAGCCGAGCUGGUUAUCGUUUCGGCACUCUUUAUCGGAUUUUCCUUCUUCAUGGGCGAAAACACACAACAGGGCCUUCAAAACCAGAUGUUCGGUGUCUUUAUUGUCCUGAUUGUCCUGAUGCAGUUGAUCUUUCAGACGCUGCCAUCCUUCGUGACACAGCGAACCUUAUACGAAGCUCGCGAGCGCCAGUCUAAGACAUACGCCUGGCAGGCUUUCGUUCUGAGCAAUAUGUUCGUUGAGCUAGUAUGGGCCAUGUUCCUAUCGAUCUUCACCUUCCUGUGCUGGUACUACCCACUCGGGUGCUAUCGCAACGCCGAACUUACCGGAUCGGUUCAUUCGCGCAGUACCCUCAUCUUUUUGCUCAUCUGGGUGACAUUCGUCUGGGCCAGCACCUUUGGUAACAUGCUUAUCUCAGGGCUCGACACAGUGGAUCUGGCCUCGUCCAUGUCUACGUUCCUAGUCUUCCUCUGCUACAGCUUCUGCGGGCUGCUCGUCUCCCCCACCGCGAUGCCGGGCUUCUGGAUCUGGAUGUACCGAGUGAAUCCUUUCACCUACCUGGCCACCGGGUUCCUCUCCACCAGUUUGGGCCGGGCCCCCAUGCACUGCGACAAUAACGAAUACCAAAUAAUUCGCAUCCCGCCCAACCAGACCUGUGGAGUGUAUAUGCGUGACUAUAUCGAAAGUAAUGGCGGGUCCAUCUCCGAUCCGAACGCAACGAAUGAGUGCCAGUACUGCCAGUUUACCCAGACCGACCAGUUCCUCGCCACUUUUGGUGCCCAUUUCUCGGAGCGUUGGAUGGACUUUGGACUGCUCUUGGUGUAUGCAGCCUUUAAUGCCUUCAUGGCUGUCUUUCUGUACUGGGCCCUGCGAGUUCCUAAGAGGAAGAAGAAGAUGGCGUAG